AACAUUGUUGAUUAAAAUUAAAUUUUUUGGUACUUUAUUUUAUUUACAACUCAAAAUCGAAUACAUUUGACUAUUUUUCUUUAUUUCAUCCAGUCUUUUGAAUAAGGUAACAAUUAACAGCUGACUGCACAGUUGUAUACUAGACGAAAAGUUUAUUUUGACCGAAAAGGCCUCGUCGGAGACAAUAUUGAUAUUCAAGAUGAGUGAUGAUGACCGAGACAUUGAGUUGGAGACUGCCGAAAAGCGUGCACAUCAUAAUGCAUUGGAACGCAAAAGACGUGACCAUAUUAAAGACAGCUUUACAAGUCUCAGAGAUUCAGUUCCAUCACUGCAAGGUGAAAAAGUUGCCAGCCGUGCACAGAUUUUAAAAAAAGCUGCUGAUUACAUACAGUUUAUGAGACGUAAAAAUGUUUCCCACCAACAAGACAUUGAUGAUCUCAAACGGCAGAAUAAUAUUUUGGAAUCUCAGAUUAGGACGUUAGAGAGAGCUAAGGCUACUGGCAAUUAUGCUAUGGAGUCUAGUGAAUUAGCUUUAGAUGUAUCAGGAUCAGAAAAUUCUGAUGUAUCAGAUGGAGAACUUCAAAAAUCUAAAAGAAGGCUAAAAAAGCAAAAGUUUGGUUAUUAAAUUUAAAUUUCUAUUAAUGUCUAAUUUUGUAUGUAUUUAUUAUGUAUGAAGU